UAGCUUUAGAUAUUUCAUCUGAAGAAACUUCGAGCUAUCAGCAGGCGCAGACAACGGCCGAGGAAAGGAGCAACGCCCCUAAAUGGAAUGGGUGAAGCUUCAAACUGUUGGCACGGUGUCCAUUUUUGGCUGACCUACAUGAGCAGGAUCCAACCUUUCUAACAACGGAUCAGACACUGCAGGAUGAGUGUGGAACUCCAAGAGUUGAAGGAAAGUUAAGACCCUAAUGAAACCGUCUUGAGAGAUGAUGAAUCGCUACACCACCCUGAGGCAGCUGGGUGACGGCACCUACGGCAGCGUGCUGAUGGGGAGAAGCAACGAGUCUGGAGAACUGGUGGCUAUCAAGAGGAUGAAAAGGAAGUUUUAUUCAUGGGAAGAAUGUAUGAACUUAAGAGAAGUGAAGUCUCUAAAGAAGCUGAACCAUGCGAAUGUGGUGAAGCUGAAGGAGGUCAUCAGAGAGAACGAUCACCUGUACUUUGUCUUUGAGUACAUGAAGGAGAACCUCUACCAGCUUAUGAAGGACAGAAAAAAGUUGUUCCCUGAAUCAAUUACAAGAAACAUAAGCUUUCAGAUUUUACAAGGCCUGUCAUUUAUUCACAAACAUGGGUUCUUUCAUCGGGACAUGAAGCCAGAGAAUCUGCUGUGCAUGGGUCCAGAACUGGUGAAAAUAGCAGAUUUUGGACUGGCCAGAGAGAUCCGCUCCAAACCUCCGUACACAGACUAUGUUUCAACCCGAUGGUACCGGGCUCCAGAGGUCCUGCUCAGAUCGUCUACCUACAGCUCUCCUGUUGACCUGUGGGCGGUGGGCUGCAUCAUGGCUGAGCUCUACACUCUCAGACCUCUCUUCCCUGGAAACAGUGAGGUGGAUGAGAUCUUUAAGAUAUGCCAAGUUCUAGGCACCGUGAAAAAGACGGACUGGUCAGAGGGCUACCAGCUAGCUUCUGCAAUGAACUUUCGCUUCCCCCAAUGUGUGCCCACCCACCUGAAGACCCUCAUCCCAAAUGCCAGCAACGAGGCCAUCAUACUGAUGAGGGACCUGCUGCAGUGGGACCCCAAAAAAAGACCCACUGCUGUACAGUCCCUGCGUUACCCAUACUUCCAGGUAGGCCAGAUCUUAGGGCCUCGUCCUCAGAGCCAGGAGAUCAAGAAGGUCCAGGCCAGGCCGCCGGUCUCGGAGUCCAAGGCUGAUACCCAGCAGUCUUCCUCUGACUCCAAAGCCUCCACUUCCUCCUCCAAAAACCAGCAGCCGCACCAUCAUCAUCCUCUUCAGCAGAUCCCCCUUCCCCAAACUGAGAGUAAAGCAGGAGGUCAUGCAAAAGCAGCAUCGCAGGGCAGUGAGAACAGCGUUGGUGGGGGUGGGGUGGCGGUGCUGAAGAGCGGCCGUCGUCGCUGGGGCCAGACCGUCGCCAAGACCUCAGACAGCUGGGAGGAAUCGGACCGCUCAGAAACCGCCGCCUCCGACUCCAAGAAGCCCAGCCUGGGGGACGAAGAGGAGGAGUGGGGCCCUCAGGAGGAGAGGGGCCCUCAGGAGCAUCGCCCACAGCCCAAGCAGUCGGAGCAGAAGCCUCUGUAUUCCUACAGCACAGUCACUAAGCUACCCAACAAUGUUAAGAUGGGCCAAAUGGACCCCAAUCUCCCAGGAUCUGCUGCACGACAGCACUACCUGAGCCAGUCUCGAUAUCUGCCAGGGUUGAUCGGCAAGCAUCAGACUUCUUCUGGCGAUAAGGAGUUGAGUGGUUUGACGCUGCGGGACUUGUGGGAGAACUCCUCAAACACUGUAAAUAAACCGCUCGCUCCUAUUGGAGGAGGAUUAUCAGUCACUAGAGCCAAAGCAGACAAUGCCUCUAAAUCUGACGAUAGCCCGCCAGAGAAAACUGUUGUUAAAGAAAGAAUACUGGAGAAAAUUGAUCUCUCCAAAGGGAACUUUGUGAGCACCAAAUACAACCUCUCUGGCGCUUAUAUUCCUUCAUUCCAGAAGAAAGAGGUGGGCUCAGUGGGGCAGAGAAUCCAUCUCGCUCCUUUGGCUGGUCAGCACACAAAUUACGAGGGCUUGAAGAGGAGGGCAGACAGGACUCAGAUGAAGGGGAGCAGCUACUCGGCCCUGGGGAAGACUUCUGGGAAUCUCCUCAGCCGAGCCCCCCCCGUGCAGCCGGUCCACGGCAGGGUGGACUGGACAUCCAAAUAUGGUGGAACUCGGUAGAUCGGACAAGUCAUACAGCUUCUCCUGCUUGAUGGACUCUGGUAUACAUCUUUAGAUAAUGGAUGUUAACCCCAAGCACAGUUUUAAAACACACUGAAACCCUACAGGGAAUGCAGUAUGUUCCCCUGAAACAAAUUACAAACAAAUCAACAGAGGUAGCUGGUAGGGGGAAAAACUGGUCUCAAAAGACAUGCUUUCAGGAGACAUUUUUCAUGCCACAAUUGCAUAAUUCUGUUUCCAGAGAGCCCAAAAGAUGUUACUGGAAAACAUGUUUUGGAGAUGACGGUUGCCAUGAUGCUGAAAUAAGACUGUCUGCUAGACAAUCCCACUGUACUCCAGUGUGAGCCAAUUCUACUGUUAGUGUUGAGAUACUCUGUGUACAAUUCAAAUGUAGCAUAGCUUUUCAUUUUUAUACUGUAGUUUAUUAUUGUUGUCAAGUAUUGUUUUAAUACUGAUGGAAAAGCACUAACAGUAAUUUAUUAACAGCUCCUGCGUUGAUCCCUCUGCUUUAAAAUUUCAUAAAAAAUUGUAAUAGCAACAAAAACGAUCCCUUCAACUUAUUCUGUGACGCAAGACAAUGGCACACCUAU